AGAUUGCCCGAAUAUGCCAGUACUCCUACGUCUGCAUCCAAAAGGAAUCAAAUAUCAUGCCAUACAGCCUUUAGUAGAUACCGAGUAGCGAGCUGUAAUUGGGCGGAGAAGGCAGGGGUGGAUGAAUAGCAGGAUUUUAGCAACGAUGUUUGUCUCGGUCCAUGAUGCUUCUUGUGUCUACAUAGUACUCAGUGCUCUGUGUUCUGUCUAUCCAAUAAUGAAUGCUUCCUUGAGAGCAAAACCGCGGGGCUGCCUUGGACUCCGGAGUAUUUAUCCCUUGAACCCACGCUGUUGCCUCGUUUUCCCUGGGCUAGACGGAGCAAUUGAGAGCCUGGACAUGUACAUUGGUUAUGAAGGCAGAAGACGACACGAAAUCAGUGAGAAUAGGCCCGAUGCACACUUCAGAGUGCUACACGGCUAUUCUGGAUCCAUCUAGGGAUAUACCAUGUCGCUCUCCGUUUUCUAGACCGCCCUUCCAAGUACCGGGUUUUGUUCGGCAGAACAGUCGG